AUGAAGUUGCUCAUAGCAAAAUACAAAUGGAGUGCUAAAGGUGGUAAAGGAGUGACUGAGUGCAAAACAGGUGUAAUAAUACUUUUGAAAAGGAGAAAAUGGGUCUGCUCUGCUAAAGCCAACAAGACACAGCAGUUCCUCGGGGAAUAUGGUUAUCCACAACCUGUUUCAACAAAGAGUCUGCAAUCGCCCAGUUCCAAGGAGUUUUUGAAGAUCUUUGCCUUUAUAUAUAACCUGAUUGAUCAAUCUUACCAGAUGCCCGAUUCAAAGUUUGAGGAAGAGAUUCCUAGAAUCUUCAAAUCUCUUGGGUAUCCUUUUCCAUUGUCAAAAAGUUCAAUGUAUACAGUAGGAGCUCCACACACUUGGCCACUGAUUCUUGGUGCAUUGGUUUGGCUGAUGGAUAAUGUUAAGCUGAUUAACUCUAUUGAUCCGGAUAAGAUCCUGUUUGGUGCUGAUAAGGACUGGGAUGUAGUAGAGAAUGUGACUGAUGAUGGUGUUCAUAAUAAUAGGGUACGUAAUUGCUAA